GGGUCUUCUCAGUUACAAGGAUUGCUUGACACAGGAUCCAUGGCUUGUACAAUGAGUGAGGUGGCAGAGCAAAAACUCCUAUCAGAAAGUGUUUUGACCCAAACACAAGAACUCAAAGAGCGUAUUGUUCUUGUUGGCUGUGGUGGGUUACAGGUGAGCCCAAAAUGCAUGUAUGACAUUGAGCUGACUUUGUAUGGUGUUAAGUGCAUGGUCCCAGUUCUAGUAGUUACAGGCCAAAGAGAUGACAUCAUCAUAGGCACAAACAUGCUCAAGUAUGUGUUACACCAACUCAAAAAAGAUGACAACUACUGGAAACUUAUCUCAUGUAAUGUGCAGGAGUCCUCGGAGAGUGAGCAGUUCUUGGAGAUGAUGUCUAGUCUCUCACGGUGGAAAGGAGAAGACAUACCAGACAAGGUGGAAACAGUGAAGCUUACUCAAGCAGUGACUCUCCUUCCAAAACAAGAAUACCUGCUAUGGGGCAGGCUGCCAAGUAAUCUUCCAAUGUCACCUGGAAGCACAGUGGUGGUGGAGCCCACCUCAGCUAGGUGUGCUCCAUGGGGCAUUAUGGUAGGCAGAGUGGUUACACCAUUGUGGGGGGAUGGUUGGGUCCCCAUGAAGGUUACCAACAUCACCUUGAAGAGAAAUUGCAAAUUGGCAGAUGUUUCUCCCUGUGUCACAGUCGAAGAUUUUACUCUGUUUCAAGGUUCCUGCCAGAAAGAAAAUGACACAGACACAGCAACUCAUGACAAAACUGUUGAUAACACUGACCUGAAACAAAGACUACAGAAUGUUGGCUUGGGAGACAUAGACAUUGACCACUGUCAGGUGAGCCCCUCUACAAAGAUCCAGCUUGUUGAAAUGCUCGAACAGUAUAAUGAUGUCUUCUCUAAACACCAUCUAGAUUGCGGAGAAGCCAAAGGCUUUGUGCACAGGAUCAGACUGACUGAUGAUCGUCCCUUCCGUCUCCCAUAUCGCAGGGUCUCACCCGCCCAUUAUCGAAAGCUGUGCCAAGUCCUCACUGAAAUGGAGGAGCAAGGGAUCAUCCGCAAGUCGGUGAGUGAGUUUGCUUCCCCACUCGUCAUGGUCUGGAAAAAGACUGGAGGUCUCCGAAUAUGCACAGACUUCCGGUGGCUGAAUACCAGGACCAUCAAGGAAGCCCAUCCUCUUCCUCACCAAUCGGACUGUUUAGCAGCCCUCGGCGGGAACACCGUCUUCAGCAUGAUGGACCUUACAUCAGGUUUUUACAACCUACCCAUGCAUGAGGAAGACAAAAAGUACACCGCUUUUACAACACCACUGGGCCUGCAUGAAUACAACAGAAUGCCACAGGGCCUCUGUAACAAUCCGGCAUCUUUCAUGAGGAUGAUGCUCAGCAUCUUUGGAGAUCUAAACUUCAGUAGUUUGCUGUGUUAUCUCGAUGACCUCCUGGUCUUUGCCCCUACUGAGCAAGAAGCCCUCAUCAGAUUGGAAGUUGUUCUAAAGAGACUGAGAGUGCAAAACCUGAAGCUGAGCCCAAAGAAGUGCCACUUUUCGCGACUGUCUGUAAAGUUUCUUGGACACAUUGUUGACGGUAAUGGGGUAGCUGUUGACCCAGAGAAAGUGGAAGUCAUUGUCAAAAUGUCAAAGAAGGAUUUAAUGGAGAGUGACGGGUGUACGCCUUCAGUCCGGAGACUAAAGUCAUUUCUGGGAAUGGUGUUCUAUUAUCAGCGCUUCAUACCGAACUGUUCAUCCAUUGCGAAGCCUUUGUUUGCCCUCACAGCUGGUCAGAAACGGAGAGGCAAGGGUGGUAAAUCAAAGCAGAAUCCUGGAGUCUUCAGAAAGCUAAAGCCUGCAGACUGGACUGAUGACUGUGAACUUGCCUUUCUCAGCCUGAAGGAGAAGCUCCUCAAUUGUGGAGUCCUCACUCAUCCAGACUUCUCCAGGCCAUUCAUCUUAUCCAUUGAUGCUUCCCUUGACGGUCUUGGGGCAGUUAUGUCUCAGAUACCAGAAGGUGAGACCAAAGCUCGUCCUAUCGCCUUUGCAAGCAAAACCCUCACUGGCUCUCAGAAGAGGUACACAGCUCAUCGUCUAGAAUUUCUAGAACUCAAGUGGAGUGUUUGUGAAAAGUUUAGUCAUUGGUUGAAGGGUCACUCUUUCACAGUGUGGACCGACAAUAAUCCACUGACAUAUAUAUUGACCAAACCAAAACUUGAUGCCUGUGAACAGCGAUGGGUGGCCAGGCUCUCCCCAUACACCUUCAGAAUCAAACACAUCCCUGGUGUCAAAAAUACAGUGGCGGACGCCUUGAGCAGGGAUCCAUUUGCUAAGUCGGUGAGCCAAGGGUUGAUCAGUGAGCCUUAUGAAGAUCUUCUGGCAGAGUUUGAGGGGACAAAGGAGGAAGGAGUUCAAGACAUUUUCCGGUGUAAGGUUCAGUGCCUUCAGGUGGAGAACUCCAACAGUGUGACCAAAGACAUCUCACCUGCUGAACCACUCAGAACUCAGGGUUUCCCUGAUGUCAAGUCCAUAUGUGAUGCUCACACAGAAUGGGAGCGAGCUGCUGAGUUAAGAGCUGUUCAGUUUCUCAAGUCUCUUCCUAUGGUGGCGUCCUCAGAAGAAAAUGUUCUCCCUGCUCUGUCUCUUGAUGAGCUUCACCAAAGCCAAGACCGUGAUCCAGUCAUUGGGGAAGUCCUGCAGUUUGUAGAGCAGGGGAAACCACCAUCUAGACGAGAGAGAAGUAGGUUAAUUCCCCAAGCUCAGACACUAUGCAAGCAGUGGCAUCGGCUGAAAGUCCAAGAUGGGAUCCUUUACAGAGUCACUAAAGAUCCCUCAACUAAGCAGAAGAGGUACCAGUUUGUCUUACCUGCCAGCCUAAAAGAUAAAGCACUCUCCGGUGUGCAUGAUCUUGCAGGCCAUCAGGGGUAA